AUGGGCAAAGACGAGAAAGAGGACUCGGGCUUCGGUUUCAAGGACAAGGCGAAGGCUGAAGAGACCCUCAGGCUACUUGAGCAGCAUGAGCCCAACUACAGGAGGCUCACUGUGAGGGGUCUCCUGGGCAGGGCGAAGAGGGUCCUCUCUAUGACAAAAUCAGAGGAGAAGAUAAAGAACAUAAAGGAAGCGAUGGAGGUUUUCGAGAAUUGGCUGGCGGAUUUGGAGAAGAACAAGGAGAAGAAGACUGAAAAGAAAGAGACCAAGAAGGAGGGCAAGGAGAAGAAGGAAAAGAGCGAAGACAACGAAAACGAAAAAGAGUCAAGUCCGGACGUGGAGAUGGAAGACAGGUCGGUUGGGAAGAAGGAGCUUCCGCCAGACACUGUGCCGGGGCUGGGCUUCAAGGAUAAGGGCGCGGCGGAGAGCACGCUCCGCGAGCUGGAGGGCCGCGAUCCCGACUACCAGAAGCUGGCCGUCAAGGGUCUGAUCGGGAGGGCGAAGAGGGUCCUCACGUGCACCCGCGACGAGACGAAGAUAUCCAACAUAAAGGAGGCGGUCGCGUUGUUCGACAAGUUCCUCGACGAUUUCGACACGAUGCACCUGAGCAGGCAGAACAACCCCUACGUGCCAUUAGGCGUAGUGCGCUCGUGUCUCAAGAUGGCGGCCGACCUGCCGACGGAGCAGCAGAAAUCUUUCAUAGCGGCGUACAGCUCAGUGAAUGGUGAAUAUAAGCGUCUCCGCACUGUGGCGGAGAAGGAGGGCGGGAAGACCUGGGACAUAGUAAGGAAUGCUGCGCUCAAGGAGCUCAAGGAAAAGCAUGCCGAUGCAAAACUGUUCAACGAAAAAGACGAGCCGACGACGGAGCAUCUGGAAAUGUUACUGUGGGCUUAUUCACCCGAACUGGCCCGCGUUAAAAAGACAAUACCAGAGACUAAGGAAGAUACAGAGAGUGAAGAUAAGAAGGAAGACGAGAAAGAGGAGAAAGAAGCCAACAACCGCAAGAGAAGAAGUAGCGCGAGAGACGAUGACUCGCCGAGUAAAAAGAAAAAGGAU